CUCCUUUAAGUUAUUAUACAAGUCCUUCAAUAGCAUUAGAAUUCGAUCGAUUUGGUUGACAAUGCUUGCUCUCUUCGUUUUCUUUGAAAAUAAAGAAAAAUAAAUGAUGAGAAUAGCUUUUAGAUAAGGUUGGUUGGUAUCCAAUAAUUCUCAACUUUCAAUUAGAGAAUAGAAAAAAUGGAAUAAAAAAGAAAUUUUUCACUUUACAUCGCUUAUUCGGGGUCCCCGUCAAUGAAUUUAAUCCAAGACUGUGCGUGUGAACGACCUAUUUAGGACUGUCAAAACGAAAUGAAUUUGACACACAUUUCCUACAUCUCAUGACAACAACACAUGGACUUUGGUCCUGAAGGAUAAUGAUGAUAAUCAGUGACCAACGAGAUUUGGGGAGACAUGCACCGCGGUUCCAGAGCCAGAAGAAGAGAAGCAUCCGAUCUUUCGAGCUCGUGUGAUAGAGUGUCUACGAAAGAAAUCUCGCUUCUAAUCCGCGAGCACAUAAUUCAGAUCUCGGAAAAUCGGUCGGACACAAAGCGCAUUUUUGUAUACAUCAACAUGAAAAAAAACCGACAAGUUUCUGAUUCUGUUGCUAUCUUGCUUACCACUUACACGUUCCCGAUUCCCGAUUUCCGAUCAAGAGAGACGCCAAGAGAGAUUAUAGUGCCAAACGGUGGCUGGAUACUCGAAAUAUUUUUGAAGGACUUUGUUCAAGCGGUUGAUUGUGAGCGUUGGGCGGACUACAAUGUUCAACGGAAGCCAUGAUAAGGCCAAGAUCCAGUCUUCUUCCCGACCGUCCUCCCCCUGGCCUCGAGUUGUGUUUAGUCAUAAUGAUCAUGAUAAUAGUAAUAGCUACAACGAGAACCACCAUUUCAGGGAGAAGUUAUUACUCCGAUCCCGUCACUCGAAAAUGACCGAUUCGAGUGUGGAAAAAGGAGACAAGAGUGCCUUUUCUCGCCUUCGAUCCGGUUCCAUAUCCACUGGGUUGUUCCUUGGGCAUCAUUCAUCGAAGGUGCAUCCCGAAAGAUCCUCGAUCAACUCGGAGACGUCAUCAGCGUCAUCAUCGAUUUGUGCCCAUCGGUCCGAUCAAAGCCCGCCUCCAUUUCGCACGAGGUUGAUGUUGCCCCGUCAAGAGUCCAUCAUGUCAGAUCACGUGCUCAUGUCGUUUGAAAGCGGUCCUGGGUCCGCUUUACUUCGGGGUCGCUCUGGAUCUUUCAAUGUCCCUAGGUCACCAGGGAGCCAUGACACUGACUUGUCGUCCCCACUGGUUUUGAGUCGCGAACGAUCUCUGCACGAUCUCAGUAGCGAUAUCAGUUAUGUGGAUCCGUUUGACCGAAGUCGAAACAGCUUGGAGCUUUUCGCUGAGAACGAGUUUUUUGGUGGAGUCUAUUUAGGACCUGAUGGGCGGGAAGAUUUCGAAGAGAUCAAUUGUCUGCUCCCCAACGGUAUAAUCAUGGACUUGUCCGUCCAUCCGGAUGAUGAGAUCAUCGACAUCAAACAACUGGUACUGAAUCGAGCCACUACGGACGAGCGAUUACCCCUUCGAGGCUGCUUGAACCCGGAUGGAAGCCAUUACACUCUGAAGUAUGUCUCAAGCAAUGGUGAGAUCGAAACGUGCUACGAUGAAGCCAAAACCCUCCGGGAGUUGAAGCCGUUCCAAAAUCUGCUCAAGUUCGAACACAGAGUCAAGGACCAGGAUUUGUAUGAAUUUCGCAACCAAAUAGGGAAACUUAUCGGCAAGAACUUGCAAGACUUUGAUGAGCUUCGAAACCCGGAGGUCAACGAUUUUCGGUGGCAAAUGAAGUUAUUCUGCCGUAAGAUUGCUCAAGCGAGACGAAUAAGAUUGAAGGACUCUUGGGAAGCCCAAAUUUUGUACCAGUUCCCUCCACGGAUUGUUAGCAGUCCCUGUGAUUCUCAUUGCUACCAACGUCUCAAAGUUCGUUUGCUCUGGCAUAGCGACGAAAUCAACGAGAUCUCGCCUAACGUAGAACCCAAGGAUCUGAUCCUGGAACUGGCCAACAAAUUCCACCACACCGAGGAUGAAGUCCAGAGGAGCUUCCUCAAAGUGGUCGGCGAGGAUUCCUAUUUGAUUGGACAACAUCGCAUGAUCGACUUUGAAUACAUCCGCGAGCAGAUCUCCUUGCAGAAAUUGGCCAAACUGGUGGUAGUGGACGUGAAAGAGAUCGACAUUGUUCAAGCCAACGAUCAGUUCUACAAAAGCUUAGAGAAGGGUGGCAUCACACUCAAAACCGAAGUGAAUCAACCUCUGUCGAGAAACACAUCCCUGACCGCUCAGAGCUUCAAUCUCAUGGGAUUGCCCUUACACUCCACGAUCGAUUCCACGAGUGUCGAGAACAAAUUUGCCGUUAUGAUCAAAAGUCUCGAAUACCCCAAGGAGUACCUCGCCAAUGGCUCCUUCCGAUGUCUUUGUCUGCAAAUGGGAAUUUACCACGGAUCCAAACCUCUUUGCUCGCACGUCACGCACACAAUAAGAUGUGCAACGGCUGAACUGGAAUCGGGAAUUGUAAACGUGGACAAGGAGUUCCAAUUUCGGUUGAAGAUCUCAAGCCUCUCGCGGGAAAGCAAGAUCUGCGUGAGUCUCUUCGACAAGCGUCGAACGAGCAACAUCCCUUUGUUCUGGGUCAAUUCCAAUUUGUUCGAUUACAAGGGCAAACUGAAAUGGAAGGCCACAUUUCACAUGUGGAAGUUCUCGCCAGGGUCCACGACUCCCACUCAUCAGCAGUUACUGCCCCUGGGACCCAAUAUCGGCAAUCCAAACAUGUCCGAUGCCGUUCAUUUGGUGGCCACAUUUCAGAAUGGCGACAUUCAAGGUUGGGUCGAGUAUCCCGCCUGUGUCAGUCCAGAGGUGAAGGCCAAUGAUCUGAUGGACAGCAAUAACAACAUCGGGACUAUCACCAAAUUUUACACCCAAGAAUUAGGGAACAUCUCGAAUCGAGAUCCCCUUCACGACAUGACCGAACAGGAGAAGGACCUGAUCUGGAAGCUCCGGGAAUACUGCUUGAGCCAGAUCCCCAAUCUCCUCCCCAGAGUGAUCGAUUGCGUGGAUUACACGAAUCAAGCUCAGGUUCGGAUUCUGAAUGAAUUGCUCACUCGUUGGCCCCUUCUGCCCAUAGAGAAAGCCCUCCAACUCCUCGAUUACGCCUAUCCGGAUGAGAAUGUGCGCAGAUUUGCCGUGAAGUGUCUACGGCAAGGCACGGAUGACGUGGUACUGCGAUAUCUUCUCCAACUCUCACAGGCUCUCAAACACGAGAGCUAUUUCCAGAACGAGCUCGUGGAUUUUCUCCUGGAAAGAGCCCUGACCAACCAACAUAUUGGGCAUUAUCUCUUUUGGGAUCUGAAGGCGGAAAUGAAUUCGCCGGCGGCCAGUCUCCGCUUCGGACUCAUCCUCGAGGCUUAUCUGACGUCAGCACCCGAGCACAUGAAGAUCCUCCGUCAACAGAACACCCUCAUCGAGAAGUGCAAGGCCUCUCAAAGGGCCCUGGAAAAGUUUGAAUCCUCCUCCCGUCAUCAUGACAAGGCCAAGGCCAGGUUUCAAUCCAAUGUGAAAACUCAGUUUGACGGGCACCAUCCAUUUGUGAAUUUCGGUUGCCCCUUGAAUCCCGGACUCAAGUGUGAGAGUAUCAAAGUCGAAAGCUGUCGACUCAUGAACUCCAAGAUGCGCCCACAAAUGCUCGUGUUUAAGAAUAUGGACGCCAACUAUAGAUUCGGUCUGGGCCCAGAACUGGAGGACAUCAUUCUGAUCUACAAGAAAGGCGACGAUCUCCGGCAAGACCAGCUCACCCUCCAAUUGCUCAAGGUGAUGGACAUCUUGUGGAACCGCUCAGGGCUGGACUUGAGACUGAAUGUGUAUCGAUGCUUGGCCACGGAUACCGCCGAGGGUCUCAUAGAGGUGGUCCAAAGUGCCGAAACGAUUUGUCGGGUCCAAAUGGCCAUGAGUGACUAUCGGACCACGGCCGUGUUUCGCAAGGGUCUUGUACUGUCAUGGCUGAAGAAGAUCAACAUCGGGGAAGAGGCCAUGAAGCGAGCUCAAUGGGAAUUCACCCAAUCCUGUGCGGGUUAUUCGGUAGCCACUUACAUUCUUGGGAUUGGCGAUCGCCACAAUGACAACAUCAUGAUCAAGAAGAAUGGUCAAAUGUUUCACAUUGAUUUUGGCCACUUCCUCGGGAAUUUCAAGCACAAGUUCGGCUUUCGCCGCGAGCGAGUUCCAAUGAUACUCUCCUCGGAAUUUGUGGACGUGAUCAGCGCGGAUUGCGGUCAACCCGACAAUUUUGAUCGCUUUCGAGCUCUUUGCGAGGAAAGCUACCUGACCAUUCGCAAACACGGAUCUCUUAUUAUCAGUCUUUUGGCCAUGAUGAUCUCCACAGGAUUGCCAGAGCUGAGUUCUGAGCAAGACCUCCAUGUGAUAAGAUCGACGUUGCACUUGGACCGAUCCGAGGAAUACGCUUUGGAGCAUUUCCGAAAGGAUUUCAACGAGUCGCUCAGGAACGCGUGGACCAUUUCCUUGGAUUGGUGGUUCCAUAUGGUCAACCAAUUGAGAAAUAAGGGUAUAAAAGCCCAAUGACGAUCAGGUCACCUUAUUGAAGAAGAUACAUUCAGUGAAGGCGGAGAAUAUGAUACUUCGUGCAAUUAAUUUGGUUCAAGAGAACGUUCUCUUGUUAACGCAUUGGGUUCAAUUUCGAAUGUGAACGAGCCACUUCUGUUUCCGUCAUUCCUUAUGAAGAUAAGCUAAGGCUAGACCUCUUCGGUCUAACUUUUUUCAUCAAAACCACUCUAGUUCCUUCAUGCAAACAUUGUCAAUCGAAGUCGAGAAGAAUGAAUGCAGGUCAUGCUUGAAAUUAAAAUGAAAAAAAAAAAACGGA